UAAGACUUACAGUCAAGAAACAAAGAAGGUUAGCAAUUUUGUUGUCUCCCCGAAUUCAGAUAUCUAACAGUGAAAGAUCUUUGCGUUUCCAAGUCCUCGCAUACUUAUAUAUACGCAACUCAAGUACUAAAUCCAGUUUUGUUUUGUUAAACAACAACAAAAAACCCCACUUUCCUUUUUUUUAUAGGAAACUGAGAGAAAGCAAAGGUUCAAUUCUUACCCUUCUUUCUCCCUUGAAGAGAUCUCUGAAGCUCACCCAUUUUGGAAUUCUUAAAACCCAGUGCUAAUCACUAUCUGGGUGUUAUCAAAAUGAAGCUUCGGAGAUCUUCGUUCUGCGUCUGUCUAGGGUUUCUGGUGCUGUUCCUUUCGGCGCCGUCAAUGGCGAAAUUCGUGGUGGAGAAGAACAGUUUGACGGUGACGUCACCGGACAACAUCAAGGGAACGCACGAUAGCGCGAUUGGGAACUUUGGGAUACCUCAAUACGGAGGCAGCAUGGCUGGGAACGUGGUGUAUCCUAAGGACAAUAAAAAGGGUUGCAAGGAGUUUGAUGAGUCUGGGAUUUCCUUCAAAUCUAAACCCGGUGCUCUUCCCACUAUCGUUUUGCUCGAUCGAGGAAAUUGUUUCUUUGCUUUGAAGGUCUGGAAUGCACAAAAGGCCGGAGCUUCUGCUGUUCUUGUUGCAGAUGACAUUGAGGAAAAGUUGAUCACCAUGGACACUCCUGAAGAAGAUGGGUCUUCUGCAAAAUAUAUAGAGAACAUAACAAUACCAUCUGCCCUCAUUGAAAAAAGUUUUGGUGGAAAGUUAAAGGAUGCCAUAAGUAAUGGGGAUAUGGUCAAUGUAAAUCUGGAUUGGAGAGAGGCUGUCCCCCACCCAGAUGAUCGUGUGGAGUAUGAACUGUGGACCAACAGCAAUGAUGAGUGUGGAGUUAAAUGUGACAUGUUGAUGGAAUUUGUGAAAGAUUUUAAGGGUGCGGCACAGAUAUUAGAGAAAGGUGGUUAUUCUCAAUUUACGCCCCAUUAUAUAACUUGGUACUGUCCUCAGGCAUUCACAUUAAGCAAACAGUGCAAGUCCCAGUGCAUAAAUCAUGGGAGAUAUUGUGCUCCAGAUCCUGAGCAGGAUUUCAGUACUGGAUAUGACGGAAAGGAUGUGGUUAUUGAAAAUUUAAGGCAGCUAUGUGUUUUCAAGGUGGCUAAUGAAACCAAAAAGCCUUGGGUGUGGUGGGAUUAUGUCACUGAUUUUCAAAUUAGAUGCCCAAUGAAGGAGAAAAAAUACAACAAGAAGUGUGCAGAUGCUGUCAUUGAAUCACUUGGCCUUGAUCUUAAAAAGAUUGAAAGGUGCAUGGGAGAUCCAAAUAGUGAUUCUGAAAAUCCUGUUUUGAAAGAAGAGCAAGAUGCCCAGGUUGGGAAGGGAUCACGAGGUGACGUUACCAUAUUGCCUACCCUAGUUGUCAACAAUAGACAGUAUCGAGGGAAAUUGGAGAAAGGUGCUGUUAUGAAAGCUAUUUGUGCUGGUUUCGAAGAAACUACUGAACCUGCUAUUUGUUUGAGCAGUGAUGUGGAGACAAAUGAGUGCUUGGAGAAUAAUGGUGGUUGUUGGCAGGAUAAAUCAGCUAAUAUCACCGCAUGCAAGGAUACGUUCCGUGGGAGAGUAUGUGAGUGCCCCUUGGUGGAUGGUGUGCAGUUCAAAGGAGAUGGUUAUACAACAUGUGCAGCUAGUGGACCUGGGCGGUGCAAGAUAAACAACGGAGGUUGUUGGCAUGAAGCUCGGAAUGGGCAUGCAUAUUCUGCCUGUUUGGAUGAUGGAGGGGUAAAAUGCAAGUGUCCUGCAGGCUUUAAAGGUGACGGUGUCAAAAAUUGUGAAGACAUUGAUGAAUGCAGAGAGAAGAAAGGUUGUCAGUGCCCUGAAUGUAGCUGCAAGAAUACUUGGGGCAGCUAUGAGUGCACUUGCAGUGGAGAUCUUUUGUAUAUAAGGGACCACGAUACUUGCAUAAGUAAAACUGCCCGUCAGGAGGGAAGAUCAGCUUGGACUGCUUUUUGGGUUAUUUUAGUUGGCUUAGUUAUGGCUGCUGCUGGGGCAUACCUCCUGUACAAAUAUAGAAUAAGGUCUUAUAUGGAUUCCGAGAUCAGAGCCAUCAUGGCACAGUAUAUGCCCUUGGACAGCCAAUCAGAGGUUGUAAAUCAUGCCAACGAUGAAAGAGCGUGAGAGGAUUGGAUAUUUAUGUGUGAAGUGUACCUUUUUGAGUUCAGAUUUCUGAGCACAUGAAUUUCAUAGACUGUAUCAUAUGGACAAUAAAAGGGUUCAGAAUUAGAUAGUUGUCCUACGUUUUUACUGGGAAUGUAGCAAGUUGUAUACUUAAUUUAGGGCAUACUUUUUUAAGUUAUUUUAUUUCCACUAGAUUUUAGGAUUUCUGUUUAUGCCACUUCUUAUUCUACACUUGUGAUUGUAACCUAUUGUGCUUUUUUAUUGCAGCAUUAACAACAUUGUUCA